AUGACACAGAAACCGACUCGAUUUCUUUCUCAGCCUGCUUCGCGCAUGCAUGAGGAGCUGAACCGCGGCACCGAUGUGUGGACCUUUUUCAACCAGGGUGUUUUCCCCACCGCAGUGAACCUUGGCCAAGGGUUUAUGAACUGGAAACCGCCCUCGUUCUUGCUCGAUCGGCUUUUGGAAGAAACGAAGGAGCGGGUGGAUCUUCACCACUACUCACCGGCACGGGGACGCCCACGACUACUGAAUGCCAUUAGCGAUACGUACUCAGCGAGCUUCCACAAGCCAGCGGCUGGCAACACAGACAUGCUCGAUGGCAAGGUGGACUUGGACACGACGGGGUUACCGAUGCAGCGCCCGCAAAGCGGCGAGAAACUCGACCCUAUGAGCGAAAUUGUCGUAACUCCUGGGGCGAAUGAAGCCAUGUACUCGGCCGCGACGGCCUUUUUGGAGGAGGGCGAUGAGGUCAUCCUGCUAGAGCCGUUCUUUGACCAGUAUGUCUGCGAGACGACCUUUAACGGCGGAGUUCCUGUGUACGUGCCCAUGCUGCCCCCUUCAAGUGGGAAGCAGGCCGUGUCCGCCAACGAGUGGCUGUUUGACUGGGACCUGCUCGAGCAGAAGAUGGCAAGCCCGCGGGCCAAGCUCCUCUUCCUCAACACACCUCACAACCCAAUCGGAAAGGUCUGCACGCUCAAGGAGCUUCAACAGUUAGCCGCGCUUUGCAUCAAGUACGACAUUCUCGUCAUCUCUGAUGAGGUGUACGACUGCUUGACGUAUGACCAGCAGGAACACAUCCGCCUGGCCUCCAUCUCGGGCAUGUGGGAGCGCACGAUCACGGUUGGCAGCGCAGGCAAAUCGUUUGCCUGCACCGGCUGGCGCGUGGGAUGGGCGAUCGGACCCAAGCAUCUCAUUACCCCGACGAUGAUGGCGCAUUUGCGCAUCACUUACACCACCAACUCGAUUGCUUCGGAAGGUGCAGCUCUGGGUCUGGAACUGGCUGACCAGGAAAACUUUUUCGAAAAGCAGCGCCAGGAAUAUGCGGCUCGUCGUCAAGAACUAAUGGCCGCGUUGGACCACCUCGGCCUUCCGUACACGAUACCUCAUGGCAGCUACUUCGUGCUAGUGGAUGCAUCUAACAUUCGCCUCCCAGACGACUUUGAGAUGCCAGACGAGGUGCGCGUGAAGGCCCGCGACUAUCACGUCUGCUGGUUCAUUGGCCACUUGUGCGAUGUAAUUGUGCUUCCCGCCACAGCAUUCUACGCCGAACAGGACGCCAAGUAUGGUGAGAGGUUUAUUCGCUUCGCCUUUUGUAAGGACCACCAGCUAGGCGAGGCUGCUCGCCGGCUCGAGAAGCUUCGACCUUAUUUGACACAGACGCGAGAGGAGUGA